UGAAGGGGAAGGAGCCCCCUAUAAAUCAGCCCACGCUGGGAGCCCUGCCAGCAGUGCUGUUGGCUCAGCUGUGAAGGGAGCUUCGUCGCCACCAUGAACUUCUCCGGCAAGUACCAAGUGCAGAGCCAGGAAAACUUUGAGCCCUUCAUGAAGGCAGUCGGUAUGCCUGAUGACCUCAUCCAGAAGGGAAAGGACAUCAAGGGGGUGUCAGAAAUCGUGCAUAACGGGAACCACUUCAAGUUCACCAUCAUCACUGGCUCCAAAGUGAUCCAGAAUGAGUUCACCUUGGGGGAGGAGUGUGAGCUGGAAUUCCUGACUGGGGAGAAGGUCAAGGCGGUGGUUCAGCUGGAAGGUGAGAAUAAACUGGUGACAACUCUCAAAGGCAUCAAGUCCGUGACUGAAUUCAACGGUGACACAGCCACCAGCACCAUGACACUGGGUGACAUUGUCUUCAAGAGAAUCAGCAAGAGAAUUUAGACAAGUCUGCAUUUCAUAUUCUUUUAGUAUAUACAAUUAAUGUAAUAAAGUGAACUUUGUUUUAAAAAAA